GAGUGUGUGUGUGUGUGUGUGUGUGCGCGCGCGUGCGUGUGUAUUUGUGCUCGCUCGGAUGCUCGGAUCGGCUCGCCGCGAGCCUCGGAGGGAGACUGCUCGCGCGCCCUGAGGAGGAGAGAGAGGAGUCCAUGGUUCACAAGUGAAGCGCAAAGCCGGUUCAGAAAGGAUUCCAUACAUACGUGAUCGGAUGUGAGUCGACUUUGACCCCUCGGAACCGAAGAUGAAGUUGCUAUGGAAACUGCUGGUGCUGCAGUCAUUCAUGGGGUGCCUCGCAGUGGACAACGUCCUGCAGGGUCCUGUGUUCACCAAGCAGCCGGGCAGCAUUGUUUUCCCAGUGGACUCCAUGGAGAAGAGCCGAGAGGUGGUGUUUAGCUGUGAAGCGCAAGGACAGCCCCCGCCUUUUUACAGGUGGAAGCUCAACGGCACCAUCAUCAGCCCCAAGCCAAGCUCACACCACAGCCUCUCCGGGGGAAACCUCCGCAUCAGCCGUCUGAAUAAAGACCAGGACUCCGGGACCUACCAGUGCCUCGCCUCCAACUCCUUCGGCACCAUCGUGAGCCGCGAGGCCAGCCUAACCUUCGCAUACUUGGAAAACUUCAAGACUCACCGGAGAAGUGCGGUGUCUGUGAGGGAAGGCCAGGGGGUGGUGCUUCUGUGUGGUCCGCCCCCUCAUUCAGGAGCGUUGACGUUCAGCUGGAUUUUUAAUGAGUACCCGUCGUUCGUGAAGCAGGACGUGCGCAGGUUCGUGUCUCAGGAGACUGGGAAUCUCUACAUUGCCAAGGUGGAGCCGUCUGAUGUGGGAAACUACACGUGCGUCGUGACCAACACGGUGACCAAAACCCGUGUCCACGGCCCGCCCACUCCACUCAUACUGCGCACUGACGGUGUUAUGGGGGAAUAUGAACCAAAGAUUGAAGUGCAGUUUCCAGAGGUGGUCCAGGUGGCGAAAGGAUCGACGGUGAAACUGGAGUGCUUUGCUUUGGGCAAUCCGGCUCCUUCCAUAACCUGGCGGCGGGUGGAUGGCGUGCCCUUCGCUCGUAAGGUGGACAUGAGGAAGGCCAGCGGCGUCCUGGAGAUCCCGUACUUCCAGCAGGAGGACGCGGGCACGUACGAGUGCAUCGCUGAAAACUCGAAAGGGAGGAACUCUGUGCAGGGAAAGCUCUCUUUCUACGCUCCUCCGCAGCUGAUUGAAAAGCCACAGGACAUGCAGAAGGCCAUCGACGACUCUCUGGUGUGGGAGUGCACAGCCACAGGCAAACCCAAACCCUCCUACAGGUGGAUGAAAAAUGGAGAAAACCUGGAGCCCACAGAGGAGAGGGUGCAGGUGGUUAAUGGAGCCCUGUCCAUCAGCCACUUGGCGCUGUCCGACGCUGGAAUAUACCAAUGUGUGGCCGGGAACAAAUACGGGGAGGUGUACUCCAACGCUGAGCUCAGAGUGAUCGCUGUGGCUCCAGAUUUCGGGGCGAACCUGCUGAAGCCUCACACUCUGGUGAAGGAAGGCGGUGAUGUGCUGAUCGAAUGCAGGCCCAAGAUGUCUCCCUGGGGACUGAUCUCCUGGAGGAAAGGAAACGAGGCUCUCCGAGAGAGCGGCAGGAUCACUCUUCUGGACAGUGGGAGUCUGAGGAUCUCCAAUGCCAGUAAAUCAGAUGCCGGCGUCUACACCUGUAUGGCGCAAAACCAGUUUGGUGUAGCGAGCAGCUCCGGGACCCUAAUGGUGAAAGGGGCGACAAUCAUCACCACCGCUCCCUCCACGCUGGACGUGACGGUAGGCGAGAGCAUCGUGCUGCCCUGCCAGGUGACCCAUGACCCCACGCUGGAGCUCAAGUUCACCUGGUUCUUCAACGAGCAGCUGAUCCAUUUCGGCAGCCACGGAGGAUACUUUGAGAAAGUUGGCGGACAUUCUUCUGGUGACAUCAUGAUCCGGAACAUUCAGAUGAGGCAUGCUGGGAAGUACACGUGUGCCGUGCAGACCAAAGUGGACAGCAGUUCCAUCGCCACGGAUCUGAUCGUCAGAGGUCCCCCAGGCCCCCCUACCAGCAUCCAUGUGGAAGAACUCACGGACACCACAGCCACUCUCUCCUGGAAGCCUGGUCCUGAUAAUCACAGUCCAAUUACCGCCUACACCAUCCAGGCUAGAACCCCCUUCUCCCUCGGCUGGCAAGCUGUCACUACAGUGCCAGAGGAGGUGGGCGGCCGGCGUCUGACGGCUACGGUAAUCGAGCUCAGCCCCUGGGUAGAGUAUGAGUUCAGAGUGCUGGCAAGCAAUGCCCUGGGCACAGGUGAGCCCAGCAAACCGUCCAAACAAGUGAGGACAAAGGAAACACUCCCAAAGGUCACUCCAGCUAAUGUGAGCGGAGGAGGUGGAAGUCGAUCAGAGUUAGUCAUCACUUGGGAGCCUGUUCCUGAGGAGCUCCAGAACGGCCCAGGCUUCGGGUAUGUGGUGGCGUUCCGGCCUUACGGUGCUACAGGCUGGAUGCAGGCAGCCGUGCCUUCACCCGAUGCCUCCAAAUACGUCUUCAAGAACGAAAGCAUCCAGCCUUUCUCCAAGUUCCAGGUCAAAGUUGGCGUCUACAACAACAAGGGAGAAGGACCUUUUGGGCCUGUAGUCACCAUCUACUCUGCUGAGGAGGAGCCUGGCAGAGCACCUACGAGAGUCAGAGCCCAGAGCAUCUCAGCAUCAGAAGUGGAGGUGAUGUGGAAAGCCCUUCCAUGGAGUACGAGCAGGAGGCGUGUUCUCGGCUAUGAGUUGAGAUACUGGGAAAAGAAGGAGAAAGAGGACACCGCUAGCAUGCUAAGGACCGUUGGAAAUCGGACCACGGCCAUUAUUCAGGGGUUAAGAGGGAGCAGCACGUACUACAUAACAGUGAGGGCCUACAACACAGCCGGAACUGGGCCACCCAGCACAGCCAUCAACGUGACCACCAAGAAGCCUCCUCCCAGCCAGCCUCCUGUAAAGGUCAUGUGGAACACGUCCAACUCCAAGAUCAUUCUGAAUUGGGAGCAAGUGAAAGCUCUGGAGAACGAAUCGGAGGUCACAGGAUAUAAGGUUUUGUACAAGCAGAACCAGCACAGUCGGCCCCGAGUCAUGGAGACCAACACCACCUCAGUGGAGCUGUCUCUGCCUCCGGACGAGGAGUACAUCAUACAGAUCAAGCCCUUCGGAGAGGGAGGAGAGGGCAGCAGCAGCAGACAAAUCACCAUCCCCAGAAUAACAGGUCCCAACGCAAUCGGAUCUGCCUCCAGCGUGUCCACUCUCUCCGCCCUCAGCACAAUAGCCCUGUCCCUCACAGCCCGGACGUCCUUAUGACAAAGCGCGGUCCAGGUGCCCCGGCUCUAGACGAGACGCUCUCUCGUUAAAAGAGGAGACUCUGAGAGAAGAGACUCGAAACGGAUCAAUGAAACCACCACCUAAUCAAACCCGCUCAUAUUAUAGACGGAAAAGGUCAGGAGGACAGGUCCUGAUGAAAGAACAUACCGGAAUGAUAAAAGGGGGUUUGCGGUUCAGCUGGCUGUUCGGAACAGGAUGCCAGUUCGCUGGACUCAAAGUCGUUGUUACCAAAGCAGAUAAUACAUUUACAAAAAGAACA